CAGUUCACCUCCUCCUCGUGAUGCGUUCACGUGUCAUCCCCCUUUUUGGGCCAAAGUGAAAGUGAAAGUGCUCCACCGACCACGAAGAGGCUGCAAUUCUUUCUCCGUCUGGCGUGAGACGGGAAUGGCCGAAGCCUUUUCAACGAACUACCGGUCAAUGACGGACAUGGAGCAGGCAGACAUGACCGUGCCGUGGGAGAAAUUCUUUGUCCACGUGGCAGGAAAAACCAACAAUGCUCAUCAAGACUUUGUUAAAAAACUCAGAGGCAUUGGCAAAAAUCAGGUGUCUUCUUUUGGAGAAGGUGACUUCCUCGUGGUUUUCUGUCCCGUCGUCUCUCGAGUUGGAACGGACAUCAACGUGGCCAUGAAGGGGAUUCCAGGUGGUAAACCAACCAUCCUGGUGGUGAUGCAUCACACCUUCGACCCUGAACGCGUCGUAGCUCCGAGCAGGAGACAGGUGGACGACCCGAACGUCAGGCUCACUGUGGACUGUCUGUUCCACGAGGACAGACUCCUGACGUGUGACCUCAACCGUGAAGCGUGGGCCGAGGUCCAGAAGCUCCUUGGAUCUUCCCGUCCAGUGGUUCCUCACUGGAAACGAUUCCUCAGCAAAGGAGGAUUCGGGGUCGUCGCACUUGGUUUUGCGAUGCUGUGGUGGAGCGGGUGGAGCUGGUGGAGUGGGUGGAGCUGGUGGAGCUGGUGGAGCUGGUGGGAGCAGUGGCUGGAUGGAGGGGGUGUAACUAUUGGUGCUGUUGGAGGGGGUGCAGCUGAUGCUGCCGGUGAAGAUGGUGGUGGCAAUGGCGAUAUGGAUGUGUUGUAGCUGGUGAGGGCAGGUGCAGGAUGGAGGGGGUGGAGCUAGUGGAGGGGGUGGAGCUAGUGGUGAUCUUUGUGACAGCACGCCUUGUUGAAGCGAACCAGAAGAAGAUCUGACAGGGCUGCCGCUAACACGCAGGGCAAACUUUUGAUCGUGAAUAUUUUAAAUAAUUUUUCUACGUUAAAGUAUGGUGAGUCACUACGGGCCCAAAUAUGAGUGUUUUUUUUAGCUCUCUUCACGCCGAAAAUCCCAAUUUGAGUAAAUGAGACACUUUCUCGCCGUUUUCUUUUCUCCUUUCUGGGAAACGGCCGGGCGAAUCUCUUAGAUAAGUCAUAGCUCCAGAUUCCUGAUGAGGCCGCACGUUUUGAUGCAUUUUGAUGCAUGUGUGUGCAACGCUGCGGGAUGAGUUACGGUCCAAAGUUUUGUACGAAAUCCCCGCAGGAAUACAACCAGUCUGCUCGCUGCACGAGGCUUUAGAGCCUUGAUGCGCAUCGCCACACCGAAUACGAUUGAAAUUCACCUCCAACUUAUAACACAAAACUGCUGUUAGUUGAAAAGUCUUGAGUUGAUCCUAAAACAGUGAUGUCAUGCUCAAAUGUGUGUGUACGUCAUUUGUUUUACAUUCAAGACCAAACGUCCCUGUAAAAUAGCGAUUGCUUCUGCUUUGUGCUGUUAAAGAUUUCAAGAUUAUACGUCGCUCCUUCAUGAAGAAUAAAUAAAAAUGAAUCCAUCAAAGUGA